UCGACGCGUCUAAGUUGCUCUCAGGUGGGAUGGUAACGGUAGGAAGGUGUAUCCCUCACAUCCUUCUCACCGUCUUUCCUCCACCUAUGACAUUUAUUUCAUGGUAUCGGAAUAUGGAAAAUAGAGAACACCUCAUUGGGAAGCGCAGUGAAUGAAUCACAACAGCUUCGCUUUCCGCAGUGUUCAAAGCUCCGAAGGCGACAAGCCCGAGGAGCGACAAUAGAUGUGCGCUGCUACUUUGUCGGUGCGGUGCUGAAUGAAAGGUUUCUGUUAAAGUCGCGGUAUUUCGUCUUUUAAGCGUUGAUUUAAAAGUUAUUCGCCACAUAGACUUGCAAAGAUGGACUGAGUCGUGCGAAUAGACAGUAACCUGGAGAAAUUUGUGUGUAUAAAUGAUAGGAGAUACGAUGACACUGUUGUCUCUAUUGGGUAGGAUCAUGCGCUAUUUUCUGCUUAGACCAGAGACCUUGUUUCUCUUAUGCAUAAGUUUGGCUUUGUGGAGUUACUUCUUCCACACGGACGAGGUGAAAACGAUUGUCAAAUCAAGUCGGGAUGCCGUGAAGAUGGUCAAAGGCAAAGUGGCGGAGAUUAUGCAGAAUGAUAAAUUCGGGGGGCUUGAUGUGCUGGACGCGGAGUUCUCCAAGACCUGGGAAUUCAAGAGUAACAAUGUAGCGGUGUAUUCCAUCCAAGGACGGCGAGACCACAUGGAAGACCGUUUUGAAGUCCUUACCGAUCUUGUGAACAAGAGCCAUCCAUCCAUAUUUGGGAUUUUCGAUGGGCACGGUGGAGAGGCGGCGGCUGAGUAUGUGAAGACCCACCUGCCAGAGUCUCUGAAGCAGCAGUUGCAGAGUUAUGAGAAGGAGAAAGAAAAUAGCCUGUUGUCUUAUCCCUCCAUCCUGGAGCAGCAAAUCCUGAAUGUGGAUAAAGAGAUGCUGGAGAAGCUGUCGGCCUCGUACGAUGAAGCAGGAACAACAUGUCUUGUUGCUUUGCUGUCUGACAAAGAGUUGACUGUGGCUAACGUAGGGGAUUCCAGGGGGGUGCUGUGUGACAAGGAUGGGAACGCAAUCCCUCUUUCCCAUGACCACAAGCCCUAUCAGCUCAAAGAGCGCAAGAGGAUCAAGAGAGCAGGUGGCUUCAUCAGUUUCAAUGGCUCAUGGCGCGUGCAGGGCAUCCUAGCUAUGUCUCGCUCGCUGGGUGAUUACCCGUUGAAGAAUUUGAACGUGCUCAUCCCAGAUCCGGACGUGCUGACCUUUGAUUUGGAUAAGCUGCAGCCCGAGUUCAUGAUCCUCGCCUCCGACGGCCUGUGGGACGCCUUCAGCAAUGAGGAGGCGGUUCGUUUCAUCAAAGAGCGCCUUGACGAACCACAUUUUGGCGCUAAAAGCAUCGUCCUACAGUCUUUCUAUCGCGGUUGUCCCGACAACAUUACCGUCAUGGUCGUGAAGUUUAAGAAGAGUGGUGCAAAGGCUGCUGAACAGUGA